UGUGUUUGUUUUAGAGAGAAGACUCUGUUUCCAGUCGGACUGAGAUUUCGUGUCAGCUAACAGCUGCCCUGAGUCGCUUCUUCAAAUAAACAUGCAGGACCCAAACGCAGACACAGAGUGGAAUGAUAUUCUGAGGAAGAAGGGUAUCCUUCCUCCUAAAGAAACACCAAAAGAGGAUGAGGAAGAGGAGCAGAUCAUUCAGCAGCAGUCCAUCGUGAAGACUUAUGAGAACAUGACUCUGGAGGAGCUGGACGAGAAUGAGGAUGAGUUUAGUGAGGAGGAUGAAAUUGCCAUCGAGAUGUACAGGCAGAAGAGGCUUGCUGAGUGGAAAGCAAAGCAGAUAAAGAACGUGUUUGGGGAGGUAAAGGAGAUUUCAGGUCAGGAUUACGUGCAGGAAGUGAACAAGGCUGGAGAAAGCAUCUGGGUGGUCCUGCACCUCUACAAACAAGGCAUUCCCCUGUGCACAUUGAUCAACCAGCAUCUGUCCACACUGGCACAGAAAUUUCCUGAUACCAAGUUCCUAAAAGCCAUCUCCACCACAUGCAUUGCUAAUUACCCUGACAGAAAUCUACCCACCAUUUUCGUUUAUCACGGAGGAGAAAUGAAGGCGCAGUUCAUCGGCCCGCUCGUCUUUGGUGGAAUGAACCUUAAGUGUGAUGAGUUGGAGUGGCGUUUGGCCGAAGCUGGAGCCAUAAAGACAGAGUUAGAGGAAAACCCAAGGAAGCAGAUCCAGGAUCAGCUGAUUUCAUCCAUUCGCUGCUCAACGACCAACCGCAGGGACAGCGAUGAAUCUGACGACGACUGAUUUCACAGUCAAACUUUGGACUUUCCACUUUCAGUCCCCCAGGACUCAUUUUUUCAGGUCUAAAUUGUUGAAGUGUCAAAUCAUCUGUUCAGCGUUCCAACAUUGUUUAUAAAGGCUGCGAUAUGCUUCAUCAGAAGCACAUCCAAAAGCAGUCCGAAUGGCAGAAGGUCUGGAACUUUUCACUUUUCAUCAGAACUGUAGGUGGAUGCAAGCUCUAAAUAUCCCUAUUAAAUUUAUAUUUGACUGUAUGAUUGUAACUGAUAAAAACCUGAUUUGAUACAUAAAACCACAUGAACCUGUUUCAUUUAUAUUGGGUUUAACAUGAAAGUUGAACAUGAAACUCUGUGAUGUAUUUUGUCGGUUUGUGAUUAUUUGGACUGUAACAAGUAAAUAUAAUGGACAGUGAAAGAAAUCACCACCUCACUACUGGAAAAUAAAGGAGCAGCGUCAUUGUUUAAUAAGAAAAAUGUCAUUACAAAGUAGACUGGUUUGACUUUUUAAGAUCGUUAAGGUUCAACCUUUGUUUUACAACUGAUUCUUAUUGUAUAGUAAUUUUCUCUUUUUAAAUGCAUCAUGUUAUUGUAUUUUUGCAACAUUCAUACCAUUUGCCCCACUUCUGAGUUAUUCAGAUCUUUUCAAACUUAUUAGGAAAGGAAUAAAUUUGUACUAAAAGGUGAGAUGCUUUUGUUGUAAAACUCAGAAUGAGGGUCGAUAGGUCACUCUGAUGUGGGUGAUGGUAGCUUAGGAAUUUAUCCUGCUCAAGAGUACCUGGUAAAAAGCUACAUAAAAUUAUGUCUAAUUAUUCACAUACUAACGAACGACGGUGAUUGAACCUGAGUUUCUGGAGCUGUAUAGCACUGUCAUUAUACCAUUGAUAUGAUGCUAUGUUACAAGUCAUUCUAUUAAAAAGGGGACAAAUACUUUC